ACAAACUGCUAUACCUACGGCCAAGCAAACACAAAAUCUAUAUGAAUCAGGAUUGAAAAAAUUACCGGUUUUUUUCUUGAAGUGGGAAAAACACAGAAAAGUGCAUGAGUUGUGGCGAUAUUCUUAAAGUAACACUUAAUUUGGGAAAACCCAAUGGAAAUUCCUUUGAGGUGUAUAUUCAGAAAGGUAAAAGAUCGAAGCAAAACUACACAGGUACUGCGCAUAUAAACCUGAAGUUUACAGCAGUGAACACCUUACACUGCCUUAUGGAUAUAUAUUGGGCUGGAAAUUUUAUUUUAGUAUUCAGUAGUCAACAAAAAUUCCAGCGGUCAAGACACUAAAAUAAUAGUGGCGCAGUAUAAAAAUUCCAAAAGUCAAAAAUGUCAUUAAAAACAAAAUUUCUAUUAACGUUAACGGCGCUUGGUUGCUUGCUGAUAGCGCAACAAACCGAUGGAAGACCACAACCGCAAGCCGAUGCAAAUGGUCCCAACGAUGUGCUUAGUAAUUUGGAUAGUAUCUUCAAAGUCGGUCCAGGCAUGAAGGUAUUCAGUACGCAACCCUCAGGCGUGCAUCCUAACGAGGUCACUGACCAAAAUGAUGACGCCGCGGAUAUUAUCUGCGCAGAACGCACUGCCGGACAGUCAUACUGUACGGAGGUGCCAAAUUAUUUGGAAUCCUCACAACUGGACAAGAUCGAUCCGCAGCAGUUUGAGCAAUUCAGCUCAUAUUUCAAAGACGAUUUCAUGCAACCGCACAAUGUGACAAAUCGCAUGAACGAGGAGGCUGAGGAGAACUUUUGCAAUAGCAAAUCGCGCAUUAUUUAUCCGAAAAGCGUUGAAACAAAGGAGUCCAAAUGGGUGUUGGUGGUGCAGCAUGAACGGCAUAGACAAGGCGUGUUGGUGGAGCAGUGCGAAGCUGAAGGCAGUUCCUGUAAAUAUGAGGAUCUAAUGCCCUUUGGCGUCUCAUCGAAAUGUAAGCAACACUAUGUCUAUCGCAGCUUGAUAGUAUUGGUGAACGGUGUGUUGGUGGAGCGUAUGGUUAAAUUGCCAAAUUAUUGUGAAUGUGUUUUAAGAUUUAAUUUGAAAAGAAAAUUUUGAUUUUUUUUGUUAAAAUGUUAACGUUUAUGUAUAUAAUUUUAAUAUUAAUAUUGUAUAGGCUAUAUAUAUGUAUAUAUAGUUUUAAUUGAGCAAAUAUUAUAAAUAUGUGUAUAUUGAGUUUGUAUUUGCGAAGUCGAUGCGACAUUAGCCUAAAUAUUCAAUUUGGAAACAAAUUGCAUUCGAAUAACUUCGACUUUGAAUCUCUUUUCGAUAGAAAUAAAUAGUUUGGUGUGAAAUUUGAACGAUUAUGUCAAAUAGCUUAACAUGCUCAGUAAGAAUGUGACAUGAUAGUAAUUUUAGAUUACAUGAUAGUAAUUUUAGAUUAAUACGGGUUUAGAAGAGUAAUUUACAAAGUAUGAGAUCAGAAAUGAUUUGAAAGGAGAGAUCUAAACGUCUUUGAGUGAAAUAUAUCCUUAAAAAUAUGUUACUACUUGCUACUACAGUCAGUCCAAUUUAUAUAAAUUGCAUGUUCGAUCCGCUUAUUUUUAUGACAAUGAUCGCUAAUGUUAUUGCGAUCACUUUCUCUUACCCAAAUAUUCGUAAAUGAUGUGAUAUACAUGUUCAGUUGAUAUCUUUAGAAAACCUACUGUCUCGAACAACUUCACUUUACGGUCAUUCAAAAUUAUUUUGUGGACUUUUUUGAUGUUUUCGUCGGUAACAACCUGUUUUGGGUAUGAACCGCGUUCACCGUCUUCGGAACUCAUUUCAAUACGUCUAAGCUUAGCAUACCAAUCCUUGAUAGUUGAUUUUUCUAAGGGCAGUGUGGGGAAACUCGUCAUUAUUCCAAGUUUUUGCUUCAACUGUAUUUCCCUUCAAAAAGGAAUAUUUUAUCAACACGCGAAAUUCUUUUUAUCAAUUUUUUCAUAUAACCAAAAAAAGUAUAUAUUUCACAAACCAAUUAUCAGGCAGAUGUCAAAUUUAUACACAAAGGUAUAAGUAAAGGUUAGAACUAACUAAAACUUAUAUGGAUUUAAUACUAGUAACGCCAUCUAUGUGUCAGACCGAGAACUUUUAAAUUUACCUGUUACUACUAUUUUAUUAUAUAUUCCGUUUUCUCUACCUUAUACUACGUUUCCACCAAAGAUUUUAAGAGAUUAGAUUAACUUCUUCACUAAUCAGCCCGUUCUUACUGCCGUUAGACAGAUGAUAAAACAGCUGUUUUUGUCAACCAAGAAUUCACAUCGCUUAAUAUUUAUGAAAAGAAAACAUUGCCAUAUAGUAUCUAUAUCUAUAUCUAUAUCUAUAUAUAAUAAAAAUGA